GUGCUGUGGGCGGGCUCGCUGGUCGUGGCAGCGCCACAGACCGGCACGUAAGUGGCCUGCAAUAUCUCCACAGAGAAGUUGUCUUUCUUGUUUCAGUAACACAGCAAGAACAAAGACGGGACCUUAUUAUCUCGGCCGGUAGCUGUGGUUGUGCUCCGUGUUUCAGUUCGUUUUCAUCGCUCACGUUUUCGAGCCGAAAAGUUUUCCCUCCGCUCACCUGCUGUUGUUUACCCUCACGUAGCGCGUCAGGAGACCACUAUGGCACCAUGGAUUGGCCUUAUUCUCGUGGCGAUGGCAGUUUUUUCUAAAAGAGCGGAGGGGAAGAGAGAUGAAGUGUUAUAUUGCUCUGCCUGCAUCGCCAUCGCAGACGAGCUCAACUACUCAAUCGGCCAGAUUGAUCCGAAAAAGACAGUCAACGUUGGAGGGUUCAGGCUCAACCCUGAUGGCAGUAUGACUGAAAAAACGGUUCCGCUUGCGAGGUCAGAGACGCACCUGUCCGAGCUGCUGGAUGGAGUUUGCAAUAACAUGAGUGACUAUGCGCUCUACGAGGACCCCGACACCAAAGAGCAGAGCUACAAGAGGUUCGCCCCGAGAAGCAGCGAUGGCGGGAAUUUUCCGGAUUUCAAAAAUUUUAAAUUUGCCGGACCAGAGGGCUCCGAUUCCUUGAAAUUUGCUUGUGAAACAAUUGUGGAGGAGUUGGAGGAGGAUAUCAUCUCUCUGUUCACCCGUGAAGAGGAGCAUGUGGCUCUGAAGUUGUGCAGUGAAGUAUCAGGUCACUGUAAAAGCAGUGUAUUCCAGCAUGGUGAGCUGUAGUGUUACAUACCCGUCUGCUGGAGAACGCCCAAAGAACCUGAAUGGUAACCGUGGACCAGAUAAAUACUAGAAUUGAAAUAAAUUAAUAAAUAGCAAAAAAAUGUUUUUAUAAGAUUCUAUUCUAUUCUAAUUUUGAGUUGUAAUAUUUUCAUAAUGGAUAAUAAAGUGUUUUUCUAAAUGGAA